GAGAGAGAGCGAAGCGACCGAGAAAACCGACCAUCAUUUUGUAGAGCGCCGACGAACGACGAGCGGUAAGCCGGGCAUACGAAAAUCCCAUUCUGAGGCGAUGCUUGCGACGAUGGCGAGAAAAAUCAGCAGUUCCAUUGAUAACGUGCAACGAAUUGGAUCUCAGGCACACUCAGAGCCCAGGACCAUUGUCCCCUCCGCAGCAGCAGCCCCGCAGCCCCUAAACUCGUGGAAAACAAUAACGAAAAAGUAUUAAGAAGCUUUCCGGCAUAAUCGGUCAGUGUGUAUGUGUGUCUGCAUUACCGACGGACUGUAUGAGCCAUGUUCAUGCAUUUUUCAUAAAUUUCGGUUUCGCCUGCUCUUCAGCACCUCCUCGUAGGCGCUGCGUCGAUUCGUCGGGCGUUUUCCGCAGCGCGUGUGUUUAAUUAUACUGCCGCAUCCAGGGGCACUGCCAUAAGCAUCCGCAACACAAGCAACUGUAGAAAGCGAAACUGAAAAUUAAAUUAAACUCGUUCAAUCUGCUGUUUUUUUUUUUUUUGCCAUCGGGUAUUUGUUGCUGACAAUUCACUCUCGCCUCUAAUUAGACAGUGCAGUGUGGAGAUUAGAGAUACACAGAUAGUCAGAAACAUUAAGAGACCACACGAAAUUGGUUGCAAUUUUCUCUGGGAAGAAGAUUAGGUCAAAGCAACUGGAAUUGGAAACCGAUACUAGCUCCAUCAUCUGCCAGCAGCAGCAGCAACAGCAGUCGAAACCCCAGGACGUGGAGCGGAUGAACAGAACGAAGCGGGGAGCAGAGUAAAAUCAUAUAAAAUACAUAGCAACAAAGUGCAAAAAUUGUGUAAAACAGGAAAUGAAUAUGCAAAAAACGCAAAAGGGAUAUGAAAAAUGCAAAUAGCCAAAUCGAGUUCAAUGAAAAAUGCUGCUAACCCGAACAUACGAGUACUUGUGUGCGAACAGAUCCACAGGCAAGCCAGUGCCAGUGGCUUGAAGGUGUCCGAGUCCGAGUCCGAAUCCGAAUCGGAGCACAAAUGGGACUCACUGGGAGAUUGCUAAUUGUGGCGGACUGGUAAACUGGUAAACCGAAGAAAGCAACAUCAUAAGCAAACGCAGAAGCGAAAGCAAAAGCACAUGCGAAAAAUGAAAACGAAAAAUGUAUUAAAUGCUACCGCAAAAUAGAGCAAAAAGUAAAACCAAUCAGAGGGCAAAAAAGGAAAUUGCACAAAAGGGAUGGCGAGGGGAGUUGCCGAAUGUAAAAAUUGAUUUCUGCGGUUUCAGCCAGUGGACAUCGAACAUCGGAUAUUGCUCAUAUAUGACUUAAAAUCACAGUGCUGCGGACACAAACACCAACAAAAUUCACUAAUUAAUCAAUAAAUAAUCACAUUUGUGGACAAAAAGUCAACAGAAUGCCACUGCCGGCGAUUAAACUACGAAGCGUUUUCAUCCUUGCCACUGUCUACAUAGCAACCCUGCCAGGGCUGACUGUGGGGCUGCGCGAUGUCAAUGUUCGCAUCCCAUCGGCCGUUAAGCGCGGCGAUAAUGCGCUCUUAAUCUGCAAUUAUGACAUCGAGAACGAUACGCUGUACACGGUGAAGUGGUACAGAGGCCGCAGGGAGUUCUAUCGCUACACGCCAAAGGAGAAUCCGGCCUGGAAGAUAUUCACGAAAACGAAUGAAAUCGAUGUCGAGACAACUCAAUCGAAUGCCAGCCAUGUGCUGCUGCGAAAUGUCCCCACCUCUAUAUCGGGGAAAUUUGCGUGCGAAGUGUCUGCCGAUGCUCCCACCUUUGACACCUCCAUUGUGGCUGCCGACAUGGAGGUUGUGGAAUUACCAACCCAACGACCGAUUAUAACUGGGAUUCACUCCCGCUAUCGCCUUGGAGACAUUGUCAACGGCAACUGCUCCUCGGACUACUCCAAGCCGGCUGCCAACCUCACCUGGUGGAUCAAUGACAUACAGGUGCCGCCCAAUUACUUGCGCAUCUACGAAAUCCAGCGUCACCUGGCCGAGCACCUGGAGUCGGCUGUUCUGGAAAUCAAUUUCGUGGUGACCGUGCAUCACUUUAUAAAGGGACGCUUGAAGCUUAAGUGUUCGGCCCGUAUACACGAUAUCUAUGCACAGGAGAGCGAGAAAAUGCUUGAGGAAGAUCGUCCGAGGAUUCUGGCCUCCGGUCGCUCCCCGGACAUGAACAUGUACCCCUUCGAUCAGCCCGGGGAUGUGGAUGAGCACAAUGAACUUUUCUUGACGCACAAAAAUGUUGGCUCCUCUGCCGCUGGACUGCGGCUGGCCCUGGUCAACUGGAACUGGAAAUGGAAUCUGAUGCAGGGCAAUCAGCUGCUCACCUUCCUGCUGCUUGCACUUCUGUGGCCGGCCAUCUGGCUAUGUGCCUGGCGACACUUCGGCUUCGUGAACUGGAACCUGUUCUGGCACAGUCGCUGCAACGCGGAUGAGACGAAACGGUGAUGAGUCGGCCACAGUACGAGUCAAGUCACCGGCCACGGCAGGAGAGAUGGACUUCAGGCAGGCCCCAAUGAGUGGGCUGGCCAACGAGGCUUUAGUUUCAGGUUCAUCGAAUUCGGUAGACGGCGAACCCCUUUGGAUCAUCACCGAAACAAUUAUAGAACUCAUAAUAUAUAUAUAUAUACAUAUAUAGCGAAUCGAAUAGCAUAUUACGAAUACAGAGCAGAGGUCCUCAGCAUACCGAAUAUACCUACUCACAUAUACCUAUACCUAUGUUAAGUACGUAACUGUAAAAACCAUACAUUUUCAAAAUGUUGCAUCCUUCAUACCCCCCCAUAAGUCGUAUGUAUGUAUCCAGUCAAAACCCGGGAGAGGACUACCCGGCGGAGGAAGCCCCCGCUAACCCUACGUCAAGUGUAAAUAACCGUCACAUAAUCACAUGCAUGUACUCUCUAAGCCAGACUUCCAACGAUUGCUUUCCCUCGGUUCGUUAAAGGUCUAAGGAAUCCCUAAUUGGGACUGCGAUUUCUGGGAAAAUCCAUAGUUCUGUUCGCAUCUGUUUCGAAAAGUGUUGGUUUGAAAAACUGUACAACUGUUUAGCCAUAGAGUUAUCUUAAGUGUGAUCCUGAGUUAAAAGUGUGCGAAAGGACUAUUGAACGAAGCCAAAUAAAGUUUCUUUUAUUUGAUCAAAA